AUAAUUCUCUUGGUAUGCCUCGCGUGUAGCAAACGUGCUCCACAAUUUCGCUUCGCAAAAAUGGAAACAAGUUCAGCCACUGUACCUGGCGAGGUGUUUGCAGCCGAAAAAAUACUUAAAAAGCGCUAUAAAAAGGGAAGGGCUGAAUAUUUAGUCAAAUGGCAGGGUUACUCUUCAAAAUUUAACACUUGGGAACCAGUUGAAAAUAUACUUGAUGAAAGAUUGUUGCAGUCUUUUAAAAUAAGCCAUCCUUUUCGUGGACGCAAAAGAAAAAGAGGGGGGGGAUUUGGAAAGUGGAAUAAAAAAGCAAAAAUUGAGGAAGACGUAAGUUUUGAACAAGAUGUUGAGGAAGAAGAUGGCGAUAUAUCUGUAUGCUCUGGUGAAGAAGAAUUAACAAACACCUUAAGCGACAUAAAAGAAGAGCUAGAAGAAGGUCAAAGCCCUGAUAAAAGUUGCUUGACCAUUAAUGAAACUUUAGAAAACAAAGAGAAGGAGAGCUGUGUUACCAACACUCAGAAAAAAACUAUUGAUAAUACACUGAAAGACCAUGUUAGUAACACCUCUCGACUGAAGAAAACCACCUCAAUGCCGAAGAAAAAGCAAUUAGAUUCGAACUGCGAAUGUUGGAAAAGACCGUUAAUCGAUCAAAUUAUGAUAACCGACGUGACGUCUGACGACAUUACUGUAACUAUAAAAGAGUGUUUUACCGACGUUGGUUUUUUUCAUAAGCAGUAAAUAGGAAUGUUGUACCAUUCAAAACAGUGAAAGGCUGAACGAGACAAAAAUAAAAGUUACUUUAUUUGUACAGCUUUCGCACGUAAGACAAUCCAUUUCACUCGUUUGCACAAUAACAAUCAAAACGUCA